ACCCCAUCAAGCCGUCAGAGUGACGUACUUCCUGUCGGCGGUAAAGCGUGCUGCUGGUUGUUUGAGCCUGAAACGUUACCGCGACGAAAACGUCGCAGUUACUACUUUAGUGCAAAAUUAGCAUCUGAAGCGAAAUAAAUAUGAGUUUGCCUCUGAAUCCGAAGCCUUUCCUGAACGGCCUGACAGGAAAACCCGUGAUGGUAAAGCUGAAGUGGGGGAUGGAGUAUAAAGGCUACCUGGUGUCUGUGGAUGGAUACAUGAACAUGCAGUUGGCGAACACAGAAGAGUAUGUUGACGGAGCGCUAGCGGGGCAUCUUGGUGAAGUGCUGAUCAGAUGCAACAAUGUUUUAUACAUCCGAGGCGUGGAAGAGGAGGAAGAAGACGGAGAAAUGAGAGAGUGAUGUGAUCUGUUUUUUUUUUUUUCUUUCUACUUGCACCUGGUGGUGGAGUUAAUGCGUGUUUGUGUUUUCACCAUGUGAAGCAAAUUGUGAUUUUCUUUUCUACUAUGAUGCCUGUUGCGAUAUAGACACAAUAAAACCAUUAUUGUAACAUUUCUUAAA